AUGACACAUUCCCUACGAUUAUUUGACAACUUCUUGUCCAACAUAUCAAAGACUUCAAGUAUCAUAUCUUUAACAAUAUGGCUAUUCACCCAGAUACCACAAAUAAUUCUAAAUCAUAAACGUAGGGAUGUUUCAUUAUCAAUUUCAUUUGUCGGAUUAACAUUUCUUGCGGAUAUCAUAAAUCUAACAUAUCAAAUUCUGAUUAAAGAUUCUCCAUAUUCUAUUUUGUUAGUAUACAUGAUAAUACUAGAUCUAAUAAUAAUUUCACAAUACUUUUAUUAUUCACGAUAUUUUAAAAAGCCAGUGUCUCCACCACCACCACCUCAACAACAACAACAACAGCCAACAUUGGUCGAUCGAAUAUUGGGUGCUGCGUUCGUAACAGAUCUUGUCCUGGCUAUGAAUAUCAAGGCACAGCAACCAGAAUACCACCACCAGAAACAAACAUCUCCUGUUCAUUUUGAUUGGGUUCAAAUUUUACCCAUAGUGUGCUGUUUCCUAUACAUAAUACUGAGAAUACCUCAAAUAAGGCGCAACUAUAUCAGAAAAUCUACUACGGGACUCUCAUUAUACAUGGUUCUCUUUACCGUCUUGGGCACAAUAUUUAAUCUACUAUCGAUUGUAACAGAUACAAACCUUUAUAAUGUAUUGUCUAUCAAGAUAUUUUUAAUUGGUAGUCUUGUUAUUGUGUUAAUGGAUGGGGCAUUGUUAUAUCAAUUUUGGCUAUAUCGGAAACACAUAUCCGCUCAUGAAAAUGACACUGUUGAUAUAGAUGAACAGCCACAAUGGUAUGUCAAGAAUCAGCCAUUAGUAUUCUACCAAUCGUUUGAACAACACAAACACAAACAGCAAGAACUAGCAUUUUCAGCAUCGGUACCUUCAAUCACUUCUAGCCUCCAUUUUUCCAACCUGAUCCAUCCUAUUAAAUCAAAUCAAUCUCGAGGAAGAAAAUUGGUGAAAUCACCAGGUGAACAAACCCUGUUGUUAGACGAAUCUUUGAUACCAUCAUCAACUGCAAUAGCGGUAUCAAUGGCAACACCUCCACCACCACAGCAUUAUAUUGUUAGUUCAAGUGCUAGAUAUCAACUGUUUCACCGUUUUAAUCUGCAUCAAAACCCUCAACUGAAAAUCAUCCCUCAAAGUCUAACUAGUAGUUCUGUUGGUUCUGCUACUAGUUUAAUACCAAGUAUAAUUGGUAAUAUUUCUAGUGUCAAUAAAAAACUAAUGGAUGGCUCAAAAAUUCCAUUUCUGCCCAUUGAUUUUUUGACUGAUGAUUAUUAUAAUAGUAAUAAUAAUAAAAAUAAAAAUUCACAUUCACAUUCACAUUCAUCUAGAGAAGGGACAAAUGGAAGUGUUGUUAUUGGUUCGACCAACAUGUAUUAUGGUUCUAUAGAUACCUAG